GUUUUCCUGCGACCCGAGAUGUCGCGCAUUCACGAUCAGUCGUUCUGCUCGGUCGGACUGGGGUGCGUUCAUCUGAUUGUAUCACCGCGUAGUGCUGUAUAAUAUAGUCGUGUGCACCAGUCGUUCGCAGACUCCCGGGAAAACUCGUUUCUCCGGGCCGCGCUCAUCGCGUUUCGCGUUUAUAUUAUUUUUAUUAAUAUUAUUUUAUUUUUUUUUGUAAUUACGUACGUAUAUUAUUCGUAUUGCGGCCGAUACAGUUUUUCGAUUUUUCGUUUCGAAUUUUUUUUUCCUUAUCGUUUUUUUUUUUUCGUUGUUGCGUCUUAGCAACUUCCGAGGGUUUCUGCACCGACACCCUCACGCGGUAUUCGUGCCGCCACCGUUUACCGGUCCCUAUCGCUUCGUGCUGACGGGACAUUUUUUCCACCCCAUAUCUGUGGUACCUAGACAUGUGACAUGAAGGCCACAAUUAUAAUCAAAACAAUUGUACUGAUGACCCUUGUGGUCGACGAGAUCUCUAGAGCUUGCGCUAAACACCGCGAAGGAAAAUACAAAGGCACCCAUUGGUGGGGAAUUGCAAAAGCUGGCGAACCUAAUAAUUUGGCUCCUAUGACUCCUGGUUUGAUGCUCAUGGACUCCUCGUCGUUGACGUUACUGCGCAAUAAACAGAGGAGAAUGAUUCGUGAACAUCCAGGUGUAUUACAAGCAAUCAGUAGAGGCGUCAACAUGGCACUGCAAGAGUGUCAGCACCAGUUCCGGAACAGGCGUUGGAACUGUUCAACUAAAAACUUCUUAACUGGCAAGAACUUGUUUGGGAAAAUUGUGGACAGAGGUUUCAGGGAGACGGCGUUCAUCUACGCGAUCACCAGCGCGGGCGUGACGCACGCGGUGUCCAGGGCGUGCGCGGAGGGCGUGAUCGAGACGUGCACGUGUGAUACCACACACCAGCGGCGUGGACCGUACAUCCAGAACUCGGUGCCGGGCGUCAAGGACUGGGAGUGGGGCGGUUGCUCGGACAACAUAGACUUCGGGUACAAGUUCGCUAGGAUGUUCGUGGACACUGGCGAGCGGGGCCGCAGCCUCCGGGAGAAGAUGAACCUGCACAACAACGAAGCCGGCCGCAUGCACGUACAGUCGGAGAUGAAACAGGAGUGCAAGUGUCACGGCAUGUCGGGCUCGUGCACCGUGAAGACGUGCUGGAUGAGACUGCCCAUAUUCCGUUCGAUCGGCGACAACCUCAAGGACAGGUUCGACGGCGCGUCCAGGGUGAUGGUGGGCAACGCGGGCGGUCUGCGCCGGUUGCGGAGCAAGGACAACGCGCAGAACAAGCAUUACGAACAGCAACAGUCGCAGGACCCGCAGCAGCAGCCGCAGCUCGAACAGCAGCAGCAGCAGCAGCAGCAGCAGAACGGCGGCGGCGGCGGGGGCGGCAGGAGGCGCGGCGGCGGCCGGAACAGGUACAACUUCCAGCUGAAACCGUACAACCCGGACCUGAAGGCGCCCGGCACCAAGGACCUGGUGUACCUGGAACCGUCGCCCGGGUUCUGCGACCCGAACCCGCGCCUGGGCAUACUGGGCACGCACGGUCGCGCCUGCAACGAGUCGUCCAUCGGCGUGGACGGGUGCGACCUGAUGUGCUGCGGCCGCGGCUACAAGACCCACCAGGCCCUGGUGUCCGAGCGGUGCAACUGCACUUUCCUGUGGUGUUGCGAGGUCAAGUGCAGCGUGUGCCAGUACAGGAAGACGAUCAACACGUGCCUGUAGACCGCUCGCAGCAUCACCCGCGAACGCACCCACGUGGACCAGCCGGCGGCGCUCAUAUGACAUCAUUCCAUAUAUAUAUAUAUAUAUAUAUACAACCAUCAUUCCUAUAUAACGCACAUGCGCGACACGUUGCAUGUUUGAUUUACGUCAUUUUUUUCGUAUUCACGUGCGAUCAUCAUCAUCAUAAUAUUAUAUUGUACACGAAUUUUCUGUUCUUUAACCAUUUUACAUUAAUUAUCCAUUUUAUUUUUAAUAAAUAUUUACGAAGCGCGCGAUCUAUAUGAAAACGAACAACACUCAUCCGCCCGCGAUAUCUCAGAGCAGCGGCCAAAAAUCCGUCCGCUCCGUUUGCCCCCCGUUUUUCGAAUCGUUUAUUAUAUGAUAUUAUCAUAAUAUAAUUCAGUCUGUGCGAGUCGGACGAACGGCGGCAUACGACGCGCAUCGUUUCGUUUCAUAAGAUCUUUUUUUUUUUUUUUUUUUUAAUUAUUAUAAUAUACUUCUACUUUCUAUUUUCAUUUUUUUUUUUUUUUUUUAUAAAAAUAUUAUGACACCGUCAAGACCCAGAAAAUGCAAACCGUUAUUCCACACACGCAUUUUUGAAUGUACGUCCUGCUUCUUUACCAAACGUUAUUUUUUUUUUUCAAAUUUAAAAUCUAUAUGAAUAGAGAAUACUUGAUUUAAUUUUUCAAGUUUUUAUUGUAAUUUUGUAAUUAUUAUUGUGCAGACAUUUAAUUUAUUAUUAUUAUGCAAUUAAUUUAUUAUCAUUAUUAUUAUUUUUUUUUUUUAUAUAAGCAAAUUUUGGUUGUUUUAUUAUUAUUAUUUUUUUUUUUUUUUUAUGAACAGUAUCGAGUACCUCUCUUAACUAACAUUGUCAUAAACAUUUUUUUUUUUUUUAAUUUAUAUUAUUUUUAUUAUUAUUAUCAUUACUAUUAUUAUUGGUUACAUUAAUUCUUAUAACUGUAGUAGUAUUCUUAUUUAAAAGUUUAGUUCCUUUAGCUAUAUUAUAUUUAUGUAAUUUAAAAUAUAAUUGGAAAAAUAGAUAAAAAGUUUUACACAAAAC